GACGCAGGAGGGCGGGGCGGGAGCCGAGCCGGGAGAAGGGAGCCAGCGAGCAGGCGGCAGGCAGGCACGGUCUGCGCGAGGAGCAGGCGAGCGGGAAGACGAGACGCAGCCACCUUCCUCACCAGCCAGCCCGCCGCGGUUUGUUCCCUUCCUCGGGAGUGCGCCAAUGCCUGGUCCGACCCAAACCCUGUCCCCAAAUGGCGAGAACAACAACGACAUCAUCCAGGAUAACGGGACCAUCAUUCCUUUCCGGAAGCACACAGUGCGCGGGGAGCGUUCCUACAGUUGGGGAAUGGCGGUCAAUGUGUAUUCUACCUCGAUAACCCAAGAGACUAUGAGCAGACAUGACAUCAUCGCAUGGGUUAAUGACAUAGUAUCUUUAAACUACACAAAAGUGGAACAGCUUUGUUCAGGAGCUGCCUAUUGCCAGUUCAUGGACAUGCUUUUUCCAGGCUGCAUUAGUUUGAAGAAAGUAAAAUUUCAAGCAAAGCUGGAGCAUGAGUAUAUUCACAAUUUUAAACUUCUGCAAGCAUCGUUUAAGCGAAUGAAUGUCGAUAAGGUGAUCCCAGUGGAGAAGCUGGUGAAAGGGCGUUUCCAAGACAACCUGGAUUUCAUUCAGUGGUUUAAGAAAUUCUAUGAUGCCAACUACGACGGGAAGGAGUAUGAUCCAGUAGAAGCACGGCAAGGGCAAGACGCAAUCCCUCCCCCCGACCCCGGCGAACAGAUCUUCAACCUGCCGAAGAAGUCCCACCACGCAAACUCCCCCACCGCAGGUGCGGCUAAAUCAAGUCCGGCAUCUAAGCCGGGAUCCACACCUUCUCGUCCCUCGUCAGCCAAAAGGGCUUCGUCCAGCAGCUCAGCAUCCAGAUCUGAUAAAGAUUUAGAAACACAGGUCAUACAGCUGAACGAGCAGGUACAUUCAUUAAAACUUGCCCUCGAAGGUGUGGAAAAGGAGAGAGAUUUCUACUUUGGCAAGUUGAGAGAGAUUGAGCUACUCUGCCAAGAACACGGGCAGGAGAACGAUGACCUCGUGCAGCGACUAAUGGAAGUCCUCUAUGCUUCGGACGAACACGAGGGCCACCCGGAAGAGCCCGAGGCCGAGGAACAAGUCCACGAACAGCAGCCCCAGCAGCAGGAAGAGUACUGAAGUGUCCUGGCCGCUCUCACCUUCAGUUUUGCGUGGGAACUUUUCUUCUGGAAAAACGUGUGGCCUCAAGCUCAACAGCAACCAGUUGUUCCCAGUCUGCCGUUAACAUCAACGCACUGUUGCAUACGCCAGCCACCGCGCUCGGUUCCCAUUUCCUUUGCCCAGACCCAUUAGCAGCCGGCCGUUGGGCGGCCUACCUGAGAGGUCACGGGGUCACAUACCUUCUACUUCACCACUUGGCUGCUUGAGAUUGAUUCUGCUCUUUUCAUUUCUUUCCAGAACAACUCUCCCCUCCCCGCCACCACCACUACCCCCUUUUUAUCCUGGUGUGAAACAAUGGUAAUUUGAUAUAUGGUAUUUAUAUUGGCAUUUCUCAACCAGUGUCACUAGAUGUCACACAUUCGUGGUGCUUUGAUGUUUGCAAGUCUAACCUCUGAACGUAAAUUUGGUCAAAUAAAUUGGAGCAAAGGGAAAGAGAUACUUGAUAUGAAAGCCAUAAGGACAGUGACUUAUUUUAUAGGGAAAAAGAGUUUCCCCCUCGACUCCCAACACUAAAGGGAAAAAAAAAAAAGGAAUCAAAACUAGGACUUCAGGGCCCAGCAGUAUUUCUCCCUGAGCAUGGUAGACAACCCCACAGUUAGUUUCGAAAGACAUUCACUCAAGGACACCACCAUCUCCACUUCGCCCUCCAAGUGCUUGCCCCUCCCCUCCCCGGUUCUCAUGCUAUAUUUUCUUUCUCAGGGUCCUCUUUGGUGGGCAGCCACUCUCCCCAAAAGCAGUCAUCAGUUACCUACAGUCCAGAGGGGGUCUGCAUCGGUGCAGGUCCUCCUGCCUCUCUCUGGCUUUCAACCCAAAGCCUGUCCUCCACACUAGGGGACUCCUCUUCCAGAAUGACUUCAGGGUGUGCGGCCCUGAGGGGCAGGGCUCUGCGUCGCGCUGCACGCUCACUGGAAGUGAAGACCUUCUUACUAGUAGCAUCAUUCCAAGGGAGACUCCCGAUUCUGAAGUCUGGUGUUGACACUGGAAUGACAGCACAGAAAAAUCUAUAUGACUCCCCAUACCUUCUGGAAUAAGGAAUUUCCCCUCGUUAAUACUACGGCCCUCCUUGUCAUUGACCUUUGAUAACCGUGGCAAUUCAUAAAUAGAGGAAACAUUAAUGAAUUAAAAGCAUUCCUUAUUUUUUUAACUAAUAUUUGCACAUUUUCUUAGUAUCUUUCCAAAUCUUUGCCUCUUUUAUUCCUUUGACAGAUGGUAUCCCUUCCUGGAUCAUUCGUUUCACUUGGUUUCCUAACUUUAGCAGGUGCGACAACACAAACGAGUGUGCCCGCCCCACUUGCCUCUUAACUGAAAAGCUUAAAAUAAAUUUCUGAAAUACGUAUCAUAAAGCUUUGACAUUUCUUUAUUAAUUGGUCAAAUACUAAUUCUGAAUUCUAGCAUUGGAGCUUUCCAACGAAAGAAGUCUUCUCAAAAUCUUUUGCAGCAAAGUGGUUAUUUGAGUUACAGGUGAGCAAGAUGGCUUGUAUUUCUGAGGUGAUCACAACACACUGUGCAUAAUUGGACAGACGUUCUGUGGUGUUCGGUUUCCCUUGCUUCUCUCUCCUGCCUGCUCUGCGCGGCGGCAGCGGCAGCUCCUCUCUCUCUCUCUCAGGCUGCACAGCCUGGCUCUCAGCAGUGACGUCCUCCCCCACCUGGGCACAGGUGGCGGUUGUGCUACGCACGGCCUCAUGCUUACCAGUGUGGUCCCUCCCAGCCUUCUGUACGGACCUUCCUUUCGUAAAAGUAGCUCUUGCAGAGAGGCACAAAAAGUAAUUCCAUGCGGAUGACACCUCGCUGGUUCCUAGGCAGGGACAUCUCAGUAAUACCCAGUGCCAGGUGGAUGGCGGCCGGGAUCCCCGGCAUGGGGAUAGGGGUGAUGACAGCGCAGGUUGCCUAAGCCUCCUUGGUGACAGCUGCUCUCUCUCUCCCCCAAAGCCCCGGGCUUGUCAGCUAUAAAAACAUGCUGGCCAGAUACCUUCCCUUUCCCUGGUGGUCACACUUGAGUCUCCAUCCCAGAGUCUUAGUGCCAGCUAGUCACGGAUUUAGGAAGGAGCUACAUGUUCCUCUCUCUGACCGCAUCUGACCCCUCUCCCAUCGUGCCAGUUCGCAUGUGACAUCACAGAUGCUUUGGGGAAUCUUGAACAGCUAGGGUUCUCCCUUGUCUUUGGCUGCACCCCAGCUUCUGUGCAGACCACCUCCUUUCCCAGAGCUGCUCCUUUUUCCCCUGAGGGCUGUAACCCUAUCGUCUUCCCAUCUCGGCAUCCAGGGCACAUUUCCCUCCAUGGUCCCAUCACACGUCCUCACGCUGGGCUGAGAAGCAUCCUUUUUGGGCUCUGCCCGCCCUCUCAGAAGCCGGACUUCAUUCUUAGCCACACGGCUGUGGCUGGUGGUAGCACUUCCCCUGCUCGUGUCAGAUAGGAAGUGAUUGAAGCAGGGGGCAGAGAGAGAGCCCGUGUUCUUUCUAAGCAGAAAAGCAGAAAAAGAAAAGACAAAGACAAACACCUUGUUGACCAGAGAGAAGUAAACUCCAGAAGGGAACCAAGAACUCCCUUCCCUGGUGAGUAUUUCCAUUAUUCCGUUAAGGUUUAAUAUGCAUUCAGAUUACUUUUACUAAAUAGUACACCAUAAAGCUUUUGUUAUAUAUUCAAUGUAAACUGAAAGGAAUGUAAACAUAUGUAUUGUUAAUUAUAAAUAGAGAUAAGUAAUGACAUCAUAGAUGAAAAAGUCUUAUUCAGAUGUAUCCAUUUUACAUUACCCUACUGUCGCAUGGUAGAAUAGUUUUUUUUGUCUCUGAAUAUGUGAAUAACUUGACUUGCGUUUAUCUUUUUACAUAUUUAAUAAAAAAAAGUAUAUGUUAAAA